CAGGGUACCUGCGCGGGACCAAGCGGGAACCGCCGCGCGGCGGCUGGAGAGGCGCGGGGCGGCGGCCGACAUGUUCCAGGGCGCGGACGGACAGACUGGCGGGUCGGGCUCCAGAUCUGUGAAGCCCCCGGGAGGAGAAUCGAGCAAUCUUUUUGGAAGUCCAGAAGAAGGUAUUCCUUCAAGCAAGCCUAAUAGGAUGGCAUCUAAUAUUUUUGGACCAACUGAAGAACCUAAAAACAUACCCAAGAGGACAAAUCCUCCAGGGGGCAAAGGAAGUGGUAUCUUUGAUGAAUCGUCUCCUGUGCAGACUCGACAACGUCUAAACCCCCCUGGUGGGAAGACUAGUGACAUAUUUGGGUCCCCAGUCACGGCCACUGCACCCCUGGCACACCCAAACAAGCCCAAGGAUCACGUUUUGCUAUGUGAAGGUGAAGACUCUAAGUCUGACCUGAAAGCUGCAGCCAACUCCACACCCAGAGGAGAGCAGAGCGAGAAGGGAAGCUCAAAAGAAGCAGACCAUACCAAGAAAGCAGAGCCUACACCUACAGUUGACAGUCACGAGCCCAGACUGGGACCGCGACCGCGUUCCCACAACAAGGUCCUGAACCCGCCGGGAGGCAAAUCCAGCAUCUCCUUCUAUUGAGAGGCUCCUGCUCUAUGGAAUCAGACCAAACACUCAGAGAUAGGAUAUUGAAUGUUAGUGCUUCCUUUAACCCAAAUGAGUCGGGGUGGGAGAGGGCUUGUCAUGCGUGUGGGGUUGCCUGCUCAUAGGCCUUGUUGCCAUUGGAAGAGCUGCAGAGAGGACUGUGCUUUCCAGAUGGCCAAGAUACACGUCUGUGGGGAUAAAAUGGGGUACUCUUAUGCCUCCUCUCUAGCUGUUCUGUGUGGAACAGUGAGGUUCUGGGGAGGGCAGAAGAGAUGACCCCUUAGCAGAAGGAUCACUAGGGUCUAUAUUGUCCUUGUAUCAGCAGUCUGCUGGCUGUUGGGUAUCUAAGAAUGGUUGGGUUGGGGGAUAAACCCAGACUACCUGUGGAAUGGAGGAGGAACACCAACAGAAACUCUUAAAGACAGAGUGAAGUCUACAUAGCCUUUCCUUUCAGGGAAUGCCUAUCACCAAAAUGUGUCCACCUCUGAGAUUACCUCUGAACCCUAGUGUCUCCUUGUCUUUUUCCCCUCAGUCCACCCCUAUAGUGUUGGAACGUGACUGCUCUUUUUGGUAGCAGUCAACAGAAAAUCAAACAGUAAUUCUCAGUCUUGUCCUGAGUGGAAGGUUUUACACCCUGAUCCUCUGAAUUGUCCCUUUCCUGUACCUAAAACCAUGGCCAUGUCUAGGUAGCAGCCUGUCUUCCUCUGUGUAGGCUUGGUUCCUGCCACGCCAGAUUUGCAUGUGGGUUGUUCCUUUUGUUUCUCUCAUCAGCCUUAAGUCUGGGCCUUAGUUCCUCACCCAUGAGGGGCUCUUGCUUGCUACCCAUGUUUCUUCCUAUACAUGAGGUCUCUGGCCUCUGCAGGGCUUAAAAAACGACUCAGAUAUGUCCAGGUAUUGGGUGAAUUCUUGGUUUUCCCGUCUUGCUUUGUUCUAUAAUCGGGAGGAAGACCUGCUGAAGGACACCGGGUUGGGUGGUUUCUUUACCGAUCUGCAGAGGUGUUCUUAGGAUCGACUUCUGAAUACCCGGUAUGCGCUGUGCUUCCGACACUCCGAAAACGAUAUUGUAGUACACCAAAGCACAGGAGCUGCCUGCGCCACCUUUAGAGAGUGCCAGGCUUCCCAGCCUUGCUCAUGAACGGUGCUCCUUAGGCCUGGGGUUAAGGAUUUUGGCAAUAAGUCACACCUUCAGCGGACAGCAGAGAUACUGGGCACCAUAGUCAUGCUGCCGCCAGUUAGGUUACUCCCUGUCAGGCACAUGUCCGUCCCUCCUGUCAGCCUUAAGGGCUGCAGCCUUAGUUCCUUGGUUCCCUUCUGGUGGGCAUCUGUGAGAAGGGCUUCUAAGUGGUGCUACCUUUGUUUCUAGUGCCUACAGAGCAUCACAGCAGAUGCCAGAAAUGUCCUCGUUACAUUUUGGAAAAGCAACAGUUCUGCAGUCACGCUCAUAGUGACCUAGAUGCUUAAGUGCCUGCAGGAGCCACCUGCCAAGUUCUGCUUCCUACACCUGGUUCAUUGAGGGGUCUGACCAUGGCUUUGUCAACCAAAGAGUUUUUCCCCUUCAGCUGUCCUGUAUCCUGAUGCCAAGAAACAUGUAUUAUGUGUGUAAUUCUGUAACAACUCAAAUGGGUUGUGGUUCAGUCAUGAGGAUGUCAUUUGGAAUUCAGAGCAUUUUUUCCAUUUAAGAAAAUGUCAUAAAUGUUUGCUUUAUUUAGCCCAGACACUAACGUCUUUAACUUAUAAGGAAAUAAUACAAUGAUAGAAAUAAACCUCCUUUUGUAACUGCUUUCUUAAGUAGAAAAUGAUUUGUGAAUUCCAAAAUCAAUGGUGAAGAAGGAAUCUGACAUCACUGUGCUGGCUCUGCUGUGAGCCCAGUGAGAGAAAAGCUCCAAGCGCUGCUUGCUGGCCUGGAUGACUAGGAGGAGAUGGGGACCUGAGACAGUGACCCACAGCAGCUGCCUUAUUCAACUCCCCUGUCUUUCUGUCUUUCCCUGAAGCUGGGCUCAGCAUGGACAGUCUGCCUCCUAGGAGGAGGCACUGCCUAGCUAAACCCAGUAGUAGACAGUUAUCACCUGCAUUAAGCCUUAAAACUUUUAAGUGCAUUUGGUGCCAACAUUUUCCUAGCGCUAUGUCAGAGCAAGAAACCUGUCCUUACAUCAUAAUGCAAUUUUGAUAGGAGCGUUUUGUUGUUUUUAUGAGGCAAAACUGGAUAUAAUGGUUGAAUUAAACUUAGUAACCACAUACUU